CUCCCUCCAAGACUUUCGCGUCUUAUACUCUCUCUCUCUCUCUCCAUAUAUUUGUACUCUCCCUCAACACCGGCUGUGGUCUUUCCUCUCAUUUCCCCUUUAGAAUUGGGAGGGGAAUCCUCUUCUUCGUCUCUCUCUCUCCUUCGUGCUUGCGCUCUCUGCAUCUCCCUCUGUGGAGGAAAACCCUAGAGCCUUCAUGGCGAUGAUCGUCAAGAAGGCAAUGGACGGAGAGGAUUACUCCGAUGACGCGCAGCAUCUCGACGACACUUACUUCGACUCGCCCGGUUGCAUUAACCCUAGCGGAUCCUCCACCGUCAUGUCCAAGAAGGUCAAGGCUCGGAAGCUCGUUGUGUUCGUCGAUGCCGCCGGUGGCGGGGACUUGUCCGAGUCGAAAUCCCGGCCGACGAUGCCGAUCCGUGUUUAUUGCAGGAGACGGAAGCGUCCUCGGUCGUCGGAUGACGAGAGACCCUCGUUCUUUGACUCUUUGAUGGACCGAAUUGGGAGAGAGGGCCAGGAGGAGGAGGAAUGGGAUUGUGGUUCUAUGGCUGGGAAGAAGAAGCGCAGGGAGCUUCGGAAUUUGGGCGCAGGUGCGGGCUUGGGUUGGGGUUUCAGUGCGAGUUCCGGGAGGGAGAGCCGUGUUCGGAAAGUCGUGGAUCCUCGGGAUGGCUUGGAGAAGAACACUCGGUUACAGCGGGGUAAUGAGCUGGACGGCGGGAGGAAAGGCUUGAAGUCUGCUUCUUCUGGACGAAGAUGGGUUCGGGUUAACAUGAAAUGUAUUGAACCAGAUGCUGUAAUUGGGCGCAAAUGCAAGGUGUACUGGCCGUUGGAUUAUGAUUGGUACAUUGGUUCGGUUUGCCGGUUCGAUCCAGACAAGAAACAGCAUCAUGUUAAGUACGAUGAUGGUGAUGACGAGUGGAUCAACCUUGAAAACGAGCAAAUAAAAUUUUAUCUUUCACACAAGGAAAUAACCCAACUGAAGCUAAAAAGUUGUACACCAGGAAGAGCUCCAAAUUAUGAUGAGCUGAUGAUGCUAGCAGCCAUUUCUGAUGAUUGUGGGGAUUUUGUCCAUGGAGAGCUUGUGUGGGCAAAAAUUACAGGGCAUGCUAUGUGGCCAGCAAUUGUGAUGAAUGAAACCCAUGCAGCAAGAUGCCAAGGUCUAGAGCAUGCUUCAAGAGAGACAUCACUUCCAGUACAGUUUUUUGGUACUUAUGACUAUGCAAGGAUUAAAAUGAAACAAAUAAUCCCAUUUUACAAAGGCUUGCUUUCCUCCUUUCAUUUGAAGUGCAAGCAUGCAAGAUUUAUUGAAGGUUUAGAAGAAACAAGGAGGUACCUUAAGGAAAGGGAACUCCCUGAAAGAAUUGCAUGUUUGCAGGCAAGUGUUGACAAUGCCUGGACCAUUGUUGCUGAGGAGAAGAAUGAAAGUAACAGUUCAGAUCUUUUAUCUGAUGAAAGAGAUCAAAGUGCUGAAUAUCAUAAUGUUUGUCCAUUUGAAAUUGGGGAUCUUCGAGUAACUAGCUUAGGAAAGAUUGUGAAGGAUUCUGAGUAUUUCCAUUCAGAGCAUUAUAUUUGGCCGGUGGGAUACUGUGCCAUAAGAAAGUUCACAUCAACAACAGAUCCAAGAAAGAUUAGUGAGUAUAAGAUGGAAGUCUUGAGAAAUCCAAGAUCAAAGGCUUUGCCUUUAUUUAGGGUCACGUUGGCCAGUGGAGAACAGAUUAAUGGACGCUCCCCUGCUGUUUGCUGGAGGAAGGUCUAUGGCCGCAUAAAAAAGACACCUUUUUCGCCUGACAGUUAUGAUCUUAAUGCGGGAAAGAAAAAUAAAUGGAAAUCUGGUUCCUAUAUGUUUGGUUUUUCCAUCAAGAAGGUUCGGAAACUCAUAGAGGGUUUACCAAAUAGCGGCUCAUUAACAAAAUAUGUCUUAUGUAAACUGGAUGGUGAAAAUCACAGUGGCUUUCCUACUGGUUAUCAGCCAGUUAAUGUUGACCUGAAAGAUCUUGAAAAGUGUAAUGUCUGCCACAUGGAUGAGGAGUAUGAAGACAAUUUGUUUUUGCAAUGUGAUAAAUGUUUGAUGGUGGUACAUGCACGGUGUUAUGGUGAAGUGGAACCUUUGAGUGAAAAGCUUUGGCUGUGCAACUUAUGUCGUCCAGGUGCCCCUGUGCCAUCACCACUCUGCUGCCUAUGUCCUGUUGUUGGCGGUGCAAUGAAAAAAACCACAGAUGGUCGCUGGGCUCAUCUUGCUUGUGCUAUGUGGAUACCUGAAACUUUUCUUGUGGAUAUCCAUAGAAUGGAGCCAAUUGAUGGGUUAAGUAAGAUAAGUAAAGAUCGAUGGAAGCUCUUGUGUAGCAUUUGCUGUGUCCCUUAUGGCGCAUGCAUCCAGUGUUCACAUAAGACAUGCAGAGUUGCUUAUCACCCACUUUGUGCCCGUGCUGCUGGUCUUUGUGUGGAGCUUGAAGAUGAGGAGAAUAUACAUAAACUUAUAUCUGUUUAUGAGGAUGACAAUCAGUUUGUUCGUUUACUUUCAUUCUGCAAGAAGCAUCGGAAACCAUCUAAUAAAUGCUUUCCUGUUGAAAAUCAAACAAAUGGGGCACUUGAAGGCCGUUCAGAUUACCAGAUUACUACUUCAGGCUGCGCUCGCAGUGAACCAUAUAAUUUUCUUGGUAGAAGGGGUCAUAAAGAACCUGAGGCACUUGCUUCUGCAUCUUUGAAGCAGUUAUUUGUUGAGAACAGGCCAUAUCUAGUUAGUGGCUUUCAGAGAAGUGGGCUGAUGGGUGAUGCAUCAUUGUGCAGAAACCAUGUAUAUACAGGCUGCUCUAGCAAUUUUCAGCAAUGGGGAGACCUGAAUGUGGAGACUUCAAAGAAGUUUCUUUCCCUAGCAGAAAAGUACAAGUACAUGCAGGCUACAUUCAGAAAGAGACUUGCAUUUGGGAAAUCCCGAAUUCAUGGUUUUGGUGUCUUUGCAAAACGUCCACAUAAGGCCGGCGAGAUGGUAAUUGAAUAUAUAGGGGAGCUUGUGCGGCCAAAGAUAGCAGACAGAAGAGAGCAUCUUUUCUAUAACUCAUUGGUGGGUGCAGGCACUUACAUGUUUCGAAUAGAUGAUGAACGUGUUAUCGAUGCUACACGGGCUGGUAACAUUGCCCAUUUGAUAAAUCAUUCUUGUGAACCUAAUUGCUAUUCAAGAGUUGUAACCGUGUGUGGCGAUGAGCAUAUAAUCAUCUUCGCCAAGAGAGAUAUCAGCUUAUGGGAAGAGUUAACAUAUGAUUACAGGUUCUUUUCAAUGAAUGAACGGCUUGCCUGUUACUGUGGUUUCCCGAGAUGCCGUGGUGUUGUUAACGAUGUGGAGCCAACAUAACAAAUUGCAAGAAAGGGUUCACUAGUAUUACUUAUGGAACUGAGAAUUGAAAAUGCGGUUUUCACUGGCCAAUGGAACAGGAUGAGGAGAACCUACCAAUCUUUUAUGUGCGGCACUGUUCAGUCUCUCAUGGGCAUGAAUUGUUCUUGAAAUCAAAAAGUUUGUUCUAAAAGUUCAGUCAUGGAAUGAAUAAUUCUGCGUCAUGAGGCGAAUGAGAUGCAUGUCAAUAACAAAUUUGAUUGGGUAGAGACCUUUAGUCUAAUGAUCUUGGGUCAUGACCCUCCUAUGAGAUGGAAUGGGGUGGGGAUCAAGCCCUCUUUUAUUGAACAAGGAAAAUCAGCAAAUUGGGGGACUUCUAGAUUAUGAGGAUGGAAGGGUAGGAAACUACAAAAGCCAUGAAGAGAUUAUUCUUUUCUUUAUGUUGAAUGCUAAUGAGGCAAAGCUUCAGCUUCUAUUGUUGUAUGUGUAAAUUCAAAUGUAAAGACUGAUUUAUUCAUUGAAUAGAAGAAAGGCCUUUUGAUUC